AUGCAGUCGAAAUUCUGGGCGGCAGGCAGCGACGACUCUGAGGAGUCCGGGUUCUCCUCGUCCGACUCCGAGGGAGAACAGGAACAAGUUCAACUUGGCGAGACGACCCGCCGCCCCGUCGUGGCCUCGCGAUGGGCUGCAGCGGAGACGAGCAGCAGCGAUGACGAAGGCGGGCGCGUGGUGAAGUCUCUGAAGGAUAGACGCUGGACUGCCAUGCGAGAGACAAUUCGCCAAAUGAAAAACCACAUGAAAAUCGCGGAUUUCUCGGAACUCUACAAAGACUACGAAGGCCUGGUUCGCUGCUUGCAGAAGUCUCAGCAGAUUGUCGAGCAUGAGGGUUUGCCGAGUUUCUUCGUGCGCAUCAUCGUCGAGCUGGAACAGUUCCUCGAGGAGAAACACCGCGACAAGGAAGCCUUCAAAAAGCUCUCGAAGGCAAAAGCCACCGCCUUCAACACCUUGCGUGCGAAAGUCCGAAAGACCAACGAGCAGUGGCAAGAAAAAGUCGACGCAUGCAAAGCGGACCCUUCCCAAUUCGCGUCCAGCGAGAGCGAUGAUGACGACGGCUUCGAUUCGGAUGACAGCAGCGACUUGUCGGAUAUCUCAGAGUCGUCUGAGAGCGAAGACAGCGAAGAUGAGAAGCCGAAGAGGAAGGCGAAGGACGACGAUUCGGAGGAUUCAGACGAGGGCAGUGAGUGGUCGGAUUCGGAGGCCUCGUCGUUGUCUUCGGGCGAGGAGACGGACAAGCACAAGGCGGCGAUGGCGAAGUGGGGUUUGCGUUCGGAUGGCGAGAAGUCUCGGAAGCAGAAGGAGAAGAAGAAGACGAAGCGCGUCUCUUCAAAGACGAAGGACGAUGGCGUCUCGACACCUCGGGGCGAAGGCGCUGCCGCCGAGUUCUCGAUCAAGGACAUGGAAUGUCUGUUUGACACGAGUGACCUGAACGCCGACGUGAUUCGCAAGCGAGUCCAGAUGGUGGUUGAGAAACGCGGCCGCCGCGGAGUCGACCGCCUCGAGCAAACGAGGAUCCUGAAGCGCCUCGCGGAGCUCGCGGCUCUCGUGGGGCCCCAGAGCGAGUUGGAGGUUUUGGGUCACCUGAUUAGCGCGGAAUUCGACACGACCAGCGGCGUGUUUGCAUGCUUGAGCAGCGCCAUCUGGUUGGAUGUUUACCACCAACUCGAGUGCGUCCUCGGCCACCUGGAAGAAGGCGUGAGGAAGGCGCGAGAAAGCGGGAAGACCGAGCAGGCGUCGCUCUACGUCCUGGUCCCCACAAUCUUGGCCUCCACAGACGCCGUCGAUGCCGCCCUCGCGGCGCCAGACGCCCAGGCGGUCUCUUCAGGCAUUCUCACGAGCUUCGUCGAGCGACUCGACGAUGAACUGAUGAAGAGUCUCCAGUUCACCGACGUCCAUUCGGAGGAAUACAAGGAACGACUCGGCCAGAGCGUCGACAUGAUGGCCGUCCUCUGCCGCGCUUGGGUCCACCUCACGGACUGCCAGUCCAAGCCGCAGGCGGCGACUCUCGCACUCCGCAUUAACGAACACAUGCACUACAAGCAUGACACGAUUGCAGCAAGCAUGUGGGACCUCGUCCGCAAGCGCGUGCCCGCUGACGUGGCGGAGCACCUUCCCGACGAAAACACCAAACCGUCCGAUUUCGUCGAGAAACUGACAAACAUCGUCUUCGAAUCGGAGAGUUCGCGCGAACGCACGCGCGCGUUAUUGCAUCUGGCGUACAGCCGAGCCCUUCACGACGACUUCUACAAGGCGCGCGACUUGCUCCACACGCCCAACAUGCAAGAGCUGGCUCUCCAAACGGACACGCAGACUCAGAUUCUGUACAACCGUGACCUGGUCCAGUUGGGGUUGUGCGCCUUCCGUAACGGGCGCAUCAACGAGGCGCAUGCGUGCCUGUCCGAAGUUUGCCCGAAGCACAAGGAGUUGCUGGCUCAGGGACUCUCAAACCUGAAGAACGUCGAGUGCACGCCUGAGCAGGAGCGCGCCGAGAAGCGCCGCCUGUUGCCCUACCACAUGCACAUAAGCAUGGAGCUCAUAGAAGGCGCCCACAACAUCUGCGCGAUGUUGAUUGAAGUUCCCCACAUGGCGCACGAUCCGUACGAACACCGGAAGCGCCCGAUCAGCAAGCACUUCCGCCGCAUGCUGGAGACCUACGACAAGCAAGCGUUUCUGGGCCCGCCGGAGAAUGCGCGCGAAACUGUGAUGGCGGCGACGAAAGCUCUUCAGAGAGGCGACUGGAAGGAGUGUUGCCGGUUCAUCUUCAGUCUCGGCAUUUGGGAGAAGUUGAUGAACGCCACGGAAAUCCAGGAAAUGCUGAAGAAGAAAGUGAAGCAGGAGGCCAUGCGCACCUACAUCUUUACAUAUCUGACGCUCUACGACUCCUUCUCCAUCUCGCAGUUGUGCGGCAUGUUCGAGCUCCCGGAGAGUACCGUCCACUCCAUUGUUAGCAAGAUGAUGAUCAACGAGGAAAUCCACGCGAGUUGGGAUGAGAGCAGCCAGUUCAUUCUCAUUAGCCGCGUGGAGCGCACGCGUCUCCAGCAACUCGCCACGACGCUGGCAGAGAACGUGAACAACGCUGUGGAGCAGAAUGAAUUGACCUUGAACAUGAAGAAUCCAAAGUUCGCCCUUUCUCACGACCGUCGCUUCCAGAUGCGGGGCGACGGCCAAGGCGACAGGUUCGGGUGGGGCGGCCGCGAGCGCGAAGGGGACGGCGGCCCAGGAGGCCCUGGGGGCCGGCGCUUCGGGCGCGGGGGGCGCGGGGGCUUCGGGCCCGGUCGGGGUGCAGGCCGCGGAGGUCGGGGACGGGGUCGCGGAGGUCUUCGCGCAGGCGCCGGCCGAGGCUGGAUGGGCGAUCGCGGCGAGGGCGGGAACUGGGGCGCCGGCGGGGGCGACAGGUGGAGCGCGCGACAAAAGUAUUGA